GCGUGGAGGCCCCUCUGGCUUUGGCCGCUCUGUUGUCCCACGGCCCCAUCAGCAGUGUGUCUGACGAACCCCCAUUUCGCAGAUGAAGAAACAGAGGACGAGGCCUCAGCCCAGGUUACCGGCAGAGUGAGGACCAGAGGACCCAGCCAGGCUGCAGGGGCCAAAGGACCUCAGCACGAGGGAGGCACGGGCAGCCCCCGCCACCCGGAAGAGCGGCUGCCACGCGAGCCCAGGGGAUGACGGAGCCCCCUCCUCCAGGCCACCGUCAGGAGAAGGCCAACCCGCUGGGACGCACGGGCCAUGUGUGACUCCAGGGAGCUGCUUCUGGUGUGGCUCCUGGUGCUGGCAGUGGGUGGCACUGAGCACGUCUUCCGGCCUGGCCGCAAGGUGUGUGCCGUCGGGGCUCCCAGGGGCUCUGAGUCUUUUGUGCAGCGGGCGUACCAGCCCUACCUCACCACCUGUGACGGGCUCCGAGCCUGCAGCACCUACCGGACCAUCUACAGGACCGCCUACCGUCGCAGCCCCGGGCCGGCCUCCGCCAGGCCUCGCUACGCUUGCUGCCCCGGCUGGAAGAGGACCAGCGGACUCCCGAGGGCCUGUGGAGCAGCAGUAUGCCAGCCCCCGUGCCAGAACGGAGGGAGCUGUGUCCGGCCCGGUCACUGUCACUGCCCUCCAGGAUGGCAGGGUGACACCUGCCAGACAGACGUGGACGAAUGCGGUACCGGACGGGGCCCCUGCCCCCAGCACUGCAUCAACACCGCGGGCAGUUACUGGUGCCGGUGUCAGGAGGGGCACAGCCCGUCCGCAGAUGGUGCCCUCUGCCUGCCCAAGAGAGGGACCCCCCGGCUAGCCCCGAACCCCACGACAGGAACAGACGGCACAGUCGAGGAGGAGGUGCAGAGGCUUCGGUCAAGGGUGGACGUGCUGGAACAGAAGCUGCAGCUGGUGCUGGCCCCGCUGCAUAGCCUGGCCUCGAGGGCCCUGGAGCACGGGCUCCCCGACCCCGGCAGCCUCCUGGCUCACUCCUUCCAGCAGCUGGACCGCAUCGACUCUCUGAGUGAGCAGAUCUCCUUCCUGGAGGAGCAGCUGGGGUCCUGUUCCUGCAAGAAGGAGCUGUGACGGGUUCCCGGCUCUGGCUCCUGAGAGCCGGUCACCACGGUGCUGGGUGGGGCGGGAUUCGUUCCUCCUAGGUAUGAAUCCAGCCUCCGCCCGGCCGGCACCUCUGCACCCCCACCAGCGGGCCCAUGGCAGAGGGAAGGCACGAGGGUCUUUGUCGCUGGGCAGCACAUCGGGGGGCCCCUUGUGAUCUGUGUCAGAAUAAAGUGAAGGUUCAGGA